GUCAAAACACAACAAAACAGUACAAAGUUUGUUUAUGUAUAUCGAAGCAGCUAACUCAAGGAAAUCAAGGAAAAUGUUAUCAGCUAUGAUAAAAGAUCAUCAAGCCAAACAGGCUGCCAAAAAGGAAGAGCAAGAACGUCGACGGAAAGAAGCGAUUCUAUCGGCGAACGAAUUAACUCAGAACUUGGUGGACCAUCUGAAUGUUGGUGUCGCUCAAGCGUACCUCAACCAGAAACGUUUGGAUGCGGAAGCCAAACAACUACAUGUGGGAGCUACCAAUUUUGCCAAGCAAACACAACAGUGGCUCACUUUAAUUGAACAUUUUAACAGCUCCCUAAAGGAAAUUGGUGACGUAGAAAACUGGGCAAAGACGAUUGAGAACGAUAUGAACGUUAUCACGACGGCACUGGAAAUCGCGUAUAAAACAAGUAGAGAAAAGUAAUAUCACAAUUGAAACAUAUUUAUAUGCUGUUUCACUGAAUAUAUAGUGUUCAUUAAAAUUAUCAUUCAAAAUAUAAAUAUUGGAUAAAAAAUGAAAGUAAAAUAAAUAGCUAAGAGACAAGCGAAAAUAAUUAUGUUAUUAUGGGCCCUAUUCUAUAUGAUGAUAAUA